GCCAUCACAAUUAAACAAUGAAAUGCAUUUACUAAACUGCUCGCACAAUUCACACUCGCUUUACUGAAUACGUUGCAGUUUAGAGAGGAUAGUUAAAAAACAGAUUCUGGAGUCUGCUGACAGCCCUAACACUCACCAACCCCCAAUGCAACAACAACCCCCCCUUCUCAGAAAACUGCACGUGUAACACAUUCCUAAAUAAACUGGCAAGGAGUUUUGCUGGGGGAGGGAGAAUGCAAUGGAAAAUUACCAGCUUUCCACCUCGAAUCUAAUGCCACUCAAUUGUACCUAUGUUUCCGUCACCGCUCGCAGUAGCCGUCAGUUUUGAGUUUCACGUUUUCCUCAAUUCAUUGUAAUCCCCCACUCGAGACUCCGCUGAUCAGCCUGGCUCGCAUUGAAAACGGGGUUUAGUGCGAGUCACACUGCGAGCGAGCGAGCGUGUAGCAGCAAACCAACUAACGCGAAAGAUGGAUUUUAACUUUCCCCAGUCUGCGAUUUUCGCCGGGAUCUCAGCAUUAUUACUGCAGACAAUCUUGUUGAGCUCAACCGCAGUAAGUCUGGAACCAUACGACCUGCUGUACGCGAGCGGCGUUGAGGCAUUUUAUAGACACGAUUAUGAGAAUGUGGCGCUGUACAUGGAGAAAGCCCUCUCAAGCUACACCGAGCUCCGGCAGACCAAGGUCCGGUGCAGACUCGGGUGCAAUGAUCAGCACCCGUUUGAUGCAUCCUUUUCGGACUUGGCGUUCUUCAGUGCGGUGCUCAAAAGGGCAGCUUGCUUGAACGAAUGCAUGGGGAGUAAAGUGGGACAACAGCUGUCUAUGCACCUGGUCAGUGGGGAUGUCGUUCAAGACUUCAACAGAAGGGUCCCGUAUAACUAUCUCCAGCUAGCUUACUAUAAGUUGAAUCAGCUGGAUAAGGCAUCAGCGGCAGCCCACACAUUCUUCCUGGCCAACCCCGAGCACAUGGAGAUGUGGCAGAACCUGGAGCACUACAAGCUGCAGGAGGGGGUGCAGGAGAGCCACUUCCAGGACAGGGAGGCUCGACCACACCAGCAAGCCUUCACCUCUGGAGUAAAGCACUAUGAUGUAGGGGACUAUGAGGAGGCUAUCUCGUUCUUCGAGGAGGCCCUGCUGGAGUACGGAAAGGCAGACAUGGAGUGCAGGGCGAUGUGUGAGGGCCCACAGAAGUUUGAAGAGUAUGAGUACCUGGAUUAUUACCCCGGCCUGUACAAGGCCAUCUCAGAUCACUACAUGCAGGUCCUGAUCUGUGAACAUGAGUGUGUGCGUGACCUGGCCACCCGCCCCGGCCGGCUGUCCCCGAUGGAGAACUACCUGCCCCUGCAUUACGACUACCUGCAGUUCGCCUACUUCAAGGUGAAUGAGAUUGAGAAAGCACUGGAAUGUGCCUGGACCUACCUGCUCUUUCAUGAAGGAGAUGAAUUUAUUACCGAUAACAUUGAGUUCUACAAGGAGAUUCUAGCUGAGAACAACAGGCCUCAGGACAUCAGACCACGCCAGGAUGCUGAGAGGUAUGUGAGGCGUCACCAGCAGGAACUGAAGAUCCUGCUAAUGGGGAGUGACAGUCUGGAUUUCGUUUACUCAGAGUCGAAUUACUGGAGCACCACGCUUGGCAGAGAGGAUAUAAACAGGGUCCCUUCGGGAACUGCCAUUGGUGUGCUCUCCGGCUCUCCGUCAGAGAAGAGAAACCUGGCUGAAACGCAGGCAGGGCUGCGUGAAGGUGGGCCAGUGCCCUAUGAUGAAGUGCAGGUAGUUUUGGGAUCCGAGGCGCUCAACGGCUCCCAGCGAGUCCUGCUCGACGGAGUCCUCUCCGAGCAGGAGUGCAGCGACCUCAAGAGCGCAGCGCAGACAAUCACUGUCGCUGGGGAUGGAUACAGUGGGAAGAUGUCGCCCCACACGCCCAAUGAAAAAUUCGAAGGUGCAACGGUGCUGAAAGCCCUGCAGUACGGCUAUGACGGGCGGAUCCCACUGAAAAGCGCCCAGUUGUUUUAUGAGGUCAGUGAGAAGGCGCGGAGGACCAUCGAGUCCUAUUUCAUGCUGAACUCCACCCUGUAUUUCUCAUACACCCACCUGGUGUGCAGGACUGCAAUCCAAGGUCAGCAAAGCCAUCGGAACGAUCUCAGCCACCCGAUCCACGCAGAUAACUGCUUACUGGACACUGAGGCCUACGAAUGUUGGAAGGAACCCCCUGCGUACACCUACAGAGAUUACAGUGCUAUUUUAUACCUGAAUGGAGAUUUCGAUGGCGGGGAGUUUAUCUUCACUGAGAUGGAUGCCAAAACAGUCACUGCCUCGGUGAAACCCAGUUGCGGGAGGAUGGUGGGCUUCUCAUCAGGCGGUGAGAACCCGCAUGGCGUGAAGGCCGUCACCAGGGGGCAGCGCUGCGCCGUGGCCAUGUGGUUUACACUAGAUCCACUCUUCAGAGAACUGGAGAGGCUGCAGGCAGACGAGGUGAUGCAGUCUCUAGGUGAUGCACACCGGCUGGACAUUCUCAACCCAAGGGACGAGCUAUAAGCGCAUUCAGAAUGCCAUGGAACGUUAUGUUAAUUAAUAUCUAUUUAUUUCAAAUCGUUAACUUUAACGGAACGUUUUUAUUUUUGUACCAUAUGUCAAUAUAGUUUGAAAGUGUGAAAACGUUUUUUGGUGCGUCCUAACGGAUAAAGCGCCGUGGCGGUACUUUAGUGUUUUAUUGUUUCGUGUGUUGCCUGUUCUGUAGCAUUGUUUGCCUUCCAUGCCACCCAAAGCAAACCUAAACUUCAGCUCAUUUCAUUGCUAGUUUCAUGAGUGUAUCGGACUGGUGCAAACUCCUUUCCUGGAGUCCGGGCUUCCUCUGUUCAUUUUGUCCAACCUCUGCAGGCUUGUGUCUUAAGAAUGACUUCAGUACGAUAUGCAUUUACAGUUCGGUUUGUCUCUCUGUGAAGAAGCUCAGGCUUUCAUAAUGCCUCUUUCAUUGCAUGUAACACCUCUUUGUUUCUUGUGCUGGGGAUGAUUUUAUGGACGGACUGCUUUGGUGUAACGGUGAAUCUCGCUCCUGUGAGGCACUACGUGCUGCUGUAAGCUAGCGAGGAGCAGUUCCUGUUUUAAAGUGAGUCUUCCUUGUUUUUCUUGCACAGGACUCUUGGAGAUGUCAAGUUAGCAGUGGGAUUAACCUCAAUGUUACAAAACCAGUCUGCUUAGUCCAUAUGGGUUGCUACAAGCUGCAUCCACAAUACAAAGGGCAGUUUUCAUAUUUGACAUUCAAACACUGCGUUUUCAGGAUCCAGCUCCAUCACUCCUCUACAGAACCUCAUUUUGAAUAAAGACAUUUACAAACCGAGCAGUAAAUUCAUACCUGUUUUUCAAGCUAUGCUAUGCAAAGGGCUCUCAUGAAACCAGCUAAUUAAGCAGUGGUACAGUACAUGUCUUUGUUAGAUAGCUGCUAUUUUAAUUGUCAAAAUUGAUGCUCAAAGAUGGAUUUUUUUAUGUUGUUGCUUUUCUUUGUUUUUUUUUUUUCUUUUUUUUAUUACCACGUGGUA